CCUGAAGGAACCUGGGGCCAGAGAGUAGGAAGCGUGGGCAGCUCCCGGCUGCAUUAUGGCCGCCCCCGACUCUAUGGGUUCCCCAAGACCCGGAGGCGAGCCCAUCCUAAAAGAUGUUGUUGCUUAUGUUGAAGUAUGGUCAUCCAGUGGAGUAGAAAAUUAUUCAAAAACUUUUGUGAAUCAACUCCUGGGUAUGGGAGCAAAAGUUUCAAAAACUUUUAAUAGAAAUGUAACUCAUGUUAUAUUUAAGGAAGGAUAUCAAAGCACUUGGGACAAAGCACAGAAGUAUGGUGUAAAGCUUGUUUCAGUCCUGUGGGUUGAAAAAUGCAGGUUAGCUGGUGUACGUGUAGAUGAGUCUUUAUAUCCUGCAAUCAACACUAAAGAAGGUUUACCAAGUGUAAUUAAAAAAAAACGAAAGUGCAUGCAACCAAAAGACUUUAUUCCUCGAACACCAGAAAAUGAUAGAAGACUUCAAAAGAAAAUUGAGAAAAUGGCUAAUGAACUGAAUAUUCAAAAAACAGCCAUAGAUAAUGAUGUACCAGUUCUGUUGUUUGAAGCUGAUGGUUCAUUGAUAUAUAGCCCCACAGCUAAAAUUAAGGAUCAAUGUAAUGCAAUGGAAAAGAGACUACAAGAAAUGAAAGAUAAAAGGGAAAAUCUUUCCCCUACAUUUUCUCAAAUGCUUGCUCUUAAUUCAGACCCAUCUUCAUCUGGAACAUGUUUGAAUACAUCACUUAACACUUCACAUUCAGAUGAAUCCAUUUCUGAUGUUUUAAAUACUUCUUUUGAUGAUAUUUGGAGAAACUCUGAGAACAGGAAACAUAAAGUGGAAUCAGAAAAAUGCAUUCAAAAAGCUAAAGCUGAUGCAUGUCUUUCUUCACCUAUAUCAAAAACUGCAUCCAGUAGUCUCUUUGAUAGAGUAACUCCCCAACAAUCUAAGAGUAACCUUCCUGUAGAAAAAAGGAAUUUCCAAAGCACUUUGGUGACUGAAAUGCUCACUCCUGAAAAAAUACAAUUUGAAGAAAUAUCUAAGGAAAUAUUUAAUGAUUAUCUGUCCCCUUCUUUAGCUGUAGGAAAAAAACAGUUUGGGAAAAGUCCAGGUCCGACAAAUUCUUCAGAAAAACAAUUGAGAAGUUUAAUGCACUUAAAUUUUCCUUCAAAAGUCAAAUCAAGGAAAAAAAGAUAUACCAGUCGCAAAUUGCACCUAGAUAAGACUGAAAAUUUUUUAGAGUUGAUGACCAGCCCUGUAAAGAUAUCACCAGCCAGCAAAGAAGCAAUAUAUGAUGAUUAUUUUUCACCCACUAAUUUGAAAGAAGGGAAUUCAAGAAAUUGUACUUUUGAAUUUAAACAGAAAUUACAAAGCCCUCCACAUUUGAAGUACCAAAAAAGAGUCUAUAAGAAUAAAAAAAAAAGCAUAUUAGAAAAUACUGAUUUUCCCAGCGUUAGCAAAAAAAUGGAACUGAUUCUAGCAAGUGAUAAUUUAGUGGAAGACAACAGGCUCAAGAAACUUCCAAAUUGUGAAAGAAAUGUAAACUUGAAUUGCAGUUCAUACAGUGAAAUACCUGAUGUGAAAGAAACCGUAGAAUGUUGUAAUGAGAUUGAUUCUCAGAAAAGAGGAGGAAAUAUAACCAUAGAUGGAAAUAAAUGUCUGUAUACUAUUGAUGAAUCGGUUCUUAUGAGUGAAUGUAUGGAAACAGAACCUUAUGAUAAUUUAGUUGCUUUGGAAGGAGAUGCUAAAGAACACCUCAUCAGUAAGAAAGAAUUGAUUAUUCCCAUGAACGUACAAAAGAGAGAAAAUAUUAACUCUGAAAUGUUGAAUUCUUGUGAAAAAGAAAAACAAGAUCAUAACUUCAUUUUCAAAAGUGAUGCGGCUCUGAAGAUAUCAGUGAAAGAAAUGGAAAAUCCCUCCAGAUGUAUUCAAAGUGUUGAAAGUGGAAAAGUGAAGCUUGAUAUUUUAGAUGAAGUCUCUGAAGGCUUUAAAGACCAAAAGAUCAAAUCUCCAGAGGAAUUCAAAAAAACUAAAAAAGUCAGAAAGCCAACAAGAACAUUAGUCAUGACAAGCAUGCCCUCUGAGAAACAGAAUAUCAUCAUGCAGGUGGUGGACAAAUUGAAGGACUUUUCUUUUUCAUGUAAUGUAUGUGAAUCUACAACUCAUGUAGUUGCAGGGGAGCCUCGUCGAACUCUGAAUGUACUGUUGGGAAUUGCCCGUGGCUGCUGGAUUGUUUCUUAUGAAUGGGUACUGUGGUCUUUGGAGUUUGGCUAUUGGGUUUCAGAGGAGCCAUAUGAACUUUCAGACUACUUCCCUGCAGCUUCCAUAUGCCGGCUGCAGCGCCAUUUGUCAAUAGGACAGUACCAAGGAGACCUUUUUGCCAGUCAGCCAGUGAUGUUCAUAACUGCAGCCUGUGAACCUCCUUGUGCCAAGCUAAGGGAACUCGUGCAGCUAUGUGGAGGCCAAGUGUCCAGGAGCCCCGUAACAGCCAGUAUCUACAUUGGUCCAUAUAGAGGAAAGAAACAGCCAGAGAUCAAGUACUUGUCAGAAAAAUGGAUCCUAGAUUCAAUCUCUCAACACAAGAUCUGUCCCUAUGAAAAUUACCUAAUGCCAUAAGGAAAAAGAAGUCAUUCAGCAUUUAGAUGGCCAUUGGGAACAAUUUAUGAACUUUUUUUCACAUGUAAAUUAAAAUCAUAAAAUAAAAGUAUAGAACAAAUGAA